CGGGUGUGGGAGGGCGAGUGGCGGCAGCACCGGGGCCGUCAGCCCUGUUAGCCGCACGCCGGUCCACUGAAAGGACUUCGACGGGAACAGCGCUCGGUGACCGCGUCUGACACACGACCAUCAGCCCGGCGUCGCGGCCUCGCCGCAGCCGGAGCUGCCGGACCGGGUCGGUUCUGCGGAGGCCCGGGAUCCGGGAGCCAGGCUGCCGGGAAGCGUGGAUGAAAAAGGAUGACAGUGAAGUUGGGCGACGCCGGCAGCGGGGAGGAAGGGCUCAAGAAGCUGGGCAAGCGGACGGCCGAUGAGGAGUCGCUGGACGGAGAGGGGCCCGGCGGUGCGGACGCGGCGGACAGCAGCAGCACAAAGAGGGACGGGCAGACCCCUCGGGCCGCCGGAGCCCCCGCACCACCCAGAGGGCUGCCGACCCCGUCCCCGCCGCAGGGCAUCCCUCAGGACCAGCACCAUUUCCUAAGGUCCAGCGUGCGACCACAGAGCAAGAGGCCCAGGAAGGACGCACCCUGUGCUGUGGGCAGUAGUGGUGCCAGCGGUUCCGGGCCGCGAGGAAAAGGAAGUGACGGUGGUGCAUCAUCUUCUGGAAACGUGUCUGGGGUUGCCCCUGCCACCCCUGCAGGAGGCUCCCGCUCCUCCUCCCGGAACAUCGGCUCUUCAGGGCCUGAGAAGGAAGAAGGAAAGAAGGUCCGAAGGCAGUGGGAGUCAUGGAGCACGGAGGACAAGAACACCUUCUUCGAGGGACUGUAUGAGCAUGGAAAAGACUUUGAAGCCAUUCAGAACAACAUUGCUUUAAAGUACAAGAAGAAGGGCAAACCUGCAAGCAUGGUGAAGAACAAAGAGCAGGUCCGGCAUUUCUACUACCGCACCUGGCACAAGAUUACCAAAUACAUUGACUUUGACAACGUGUUCUCUCGAGGGCUGAAGAAAUCAUCCCAGGAACUCUAUGGUCUCAUCUGCUAUGGCGAGCUACGAAAGAAGAUUGGGGGUUGUAUGGAUGACAAGAAUGCAACAAAGUUGAAUGAACUCAUUCAGGCUGGAGCCACCACAGUCCGUUAUAAAGGGAGAAAUCUCCGGAUCAAGGCACCCAUGUGCCGGGCCCUAAAGAAACUCUGUGAUCCAGACGGUCUGAGUGAUGAAGAAGACCAGAAGCCAGUGCGCCUACCCCUGAAAGUCCCUGUAGAAUUACAACCACGGAACAACCACGCCUGGGCACGAGUACAGAGUCUGGCCCAAAAUCCACGUCUCAGGAUGAUUGUGGAGCUACAUCGAAAAGUCUCUAGCCUCAUUGAGUUCCUGAAGCAGAAGUGGGCACUCCAUGAAGUACGAAUUCGGAAGACACUUGAGGAGAGGCAGCUGCAGGGCUCAAGCACGGUGCAAACCCAGGAGAAGGUGGCAUUGCACUUGUUCCCAGGCGAGAACUGCACGUUGACACCACUACCGGGUGUAGCCCGUGUAGUACACUCCAAGGCCUUCUGCACUGUACACUGGCAAGAGGGUGGCCGGUGCAAACAGGGCACCAAGGACAUGCACUCACUGCCUCCAGCUCAGAUCCUGGGCAUCCAGAGUGGACAGGGAAUAGCCCGGGGCCAGCUGAAGUGCCAGAGGAGCAGUGGUGAAGGCAAGGGUGGGGGGCGACUUCUUCCCACGGCAGAUGCUUCACAGAGUUCAGGGGAAAGUUCUCCUGAGAGUGCGCCUGGAGAGGGAGCAACUCCAAGUUUGAGCAGCCCGGAUGCUCCUGACAGGCCUCCUCAUGGGCACCAGGACUCUGGCUCACAGCUUGAGAAGACUCCUGUGACAGCCCUCGCAGUGGGCAGAGACAGCCCUGUUCAAGAAUCUGGGGCUCUACCGUGUUCCUGCGGCCAGCCCCCAGACUUGGAAGAUGAACUCUCACUCCUUGAUCCCUUUCCCCGAUACCUGAAGUCUUGCCAGGAUCUCAUCAUCCCAGAGCAGUGCCGCUGUGCAGACACACAAUCUGGGAGAGAGCACCCUCCUCUAGGCAGGGUAGCUUCUCCAGAGGCCCUCAUACCCAGCAGCAGGGAGGUUGUUGACAAUGCUCCCCCUGGCCUGGACCCUCAGCCUGGCACCGAUCCUCAACCUGAUACCAGGCUUCAGUCAGAUAUUUGUACUAAAGAGCUAGUAAAUGCAUGUCCUGAAGAGUCCCAGGAGAAAGGCAGCCCCUCAGAACCUCUGUUGUCUCAGGGACAGCCUGCUACCAGGCCUUCCAAGGAAGUCCCUGCCAGCCAGCUGGCCCAGCAGCUACGUGAAGAAGGCUGGAGCUUGCAGACCUCUGAGAGCCUCACACUGGCUGAAGUCUACCUCAUGAUGGGCAAGCCAACCAAACUGCAGCUGGAGUAUGAUUGGCUGGCUGUGCUGGGCCCCGAGAGCCAGGCAUCCACAGCACAGGGCCAGACUGCCCUAUCCCGCUCCUCAUCUUCAACCCUCCACCAGCAACGCCUCCUGAACUGCCUCCUGAGGCUCAUCUCCACUGAGGUCCACCCCAAGAUGGCUUUUGAAGCAAAUACAUCAUCAACGGCUUCAGUCAGGCCCACCCAAGAAGAACAGUCCGCAACCCCACCAGGGAAGGUAGUGACCAUCAGCUCUCGGAGUCCCCGCUGUUCUCGAAACCCGUCUACCCUCCGAAGCAGCAAGACCUUCCCAUCUGGUUCUGGACCUUGCUCCCCAGGUCUGAAAAAUACCCCAAGGCCUCUCUUGGUGGCCGGUCCCUCCAGCACCAGAAGCAGUGACUCAGAUGGUGGCCUCUUUGCUGUCCCAACGACUUUGCCACCAAAUAGUCGACAUGGAAAGCUCUUCUCUCCCAGUAAGGAGGCAGAGCUGACUUUUAGGCAGCACUUGGACUCCAUCAGUAUACAGUCAGACUUUUUCUCACCGAAGCCCAAGAAACUACGGAAACGGCAUUUACGAAAGCCACUGGUGGUCCAGAGGACACUGCUCCCUAGACCUUCUGAAAACCAGUCCCACAAUGUGUGCUCCUUCUCCAUCCUGUCUAACUCUCCUAUAGCUGGGAGAGGCUGGUUCCGGCCCAUCCAGUCUUCUCUGACCAAAGCAGCUCUGUCUCGACCGAUAGUGCCGAAGGUCCUCCCAUCUCAGGCCACCAGUCACCUGCCCAGUGCCAUCGACUUAGCAGCUCAAAGUGCUGGCAUCAUCCCUGGAAGUCCCUUGCCAGUUUUAGAUACUGAUGGCUCAUCUGGCAUCUCUCCACUGUCUUCAGAACAAGCAGCCACUGCCAUCUCGGGGCAGGGUGACACUGGACCACACCAGAACAGAGACCCUGUUACUGCUGUAAGGGGCACUAAUGAUCCGUUUAUCAGCAUUACAAGACCAGAGCAGGAGCCAAUGACAGAUGGUUUCCAGGGAUCAUCUGUUCUGACCUUACCUGAGCUGUCCAAGGCUAAUAAUCUCCAGAAUGGCCUGUCCAUACCUUUACCCUCACCAGAGAGCUCCAGCACCCGUCUCUCCCCACCCAAUGUUUCAGCACUGCUGGACAUAUCCCUACCUGGCCCACCUGAGGAUGUUCUCUCACAAGGAGAACCUGCCACACAGAUCAGUGAUUCCAUCAUUGAAAUUGCCAUCAGCUCUGGCCAGUACAGUGAAGGAGUUCCUCUUUCUCCAGCAAAACUGAAUGGCAGUGACAGUUCCAAGAGUCUUCCCUCCCCAUCCAGCAGCCCCCAGCCCAACUGGAUUGCCUCUCCCACUCAUGACCCCCAGUGGUACCCCAGUGACUCUACAGAUUCCUCACUCAGCAGCUUAUUUGCCAGCUUCAUAUCUCCAGAGAAGAGCAGAAAGAUGCUACCAACUACUGUUGGGGCCAACAGCGGCACAUCAUUGCUUGGCCCUAGCUUGUUGGAUGGAAAUUCGAGGGACUCUUUUGUUUCCAGAUCUCUGGCUGAUGUCGCAGAAGUGGUGGAUUCCCAGUUGGUGUGCAUGAUGAACGAGAACAGCAUUGACUACAUAUCUCGGUUUAAUGACCUUGCCCAAGAAUUGUCCAUCACUGAGCCUGGCCGCCGGGAGGUUCUUUUUGAUGGUGGUGGUGGCGGUAAUCCUGUUGGUGACCUCUCUCAGUGACUGUGCUUUGUGACAUGGGCACCCUGGAAUCCACAAGAGAAGUCUACAGAGCUGGCCCCAUGAAUCUGUCUGCAUAGUAGAGAAAGUCAAGCCCAGAAUCCUGAGAAGACAGUGAGCAGGAGCACCUCUAACAGCAUGACAAUAUUCACAUGCAAAGGAGCAGCCUGCCCAACAAGCAGGGGUUACACCAUCCACAAGCUGCCCUGAGAAGGGUAGACCUCAGAAAUCCUUUUGGUAUCAGAGGCCUUGCAGUCCUGUAGCCUGUGUGGCAAUCCCGACUGUAUGUCUGUGUGUUGAGCCUUCCAGAGGGUGUCCUCCUUGCAAGAAGACAUGCCUGAUGUUCAUUUUGUCUUUGGAGCUGUUAUCCUAUGUGAUGGGAGGCCACAGCCACUGCUGCUUUCUUUCUGAUACCCUUUUUCCACUUGGCUGUCUGUCUGCAGUGAUGUUGCAAGGGACAGUGAGUAUAGACCAGUCUUCUUGCCUUGGUGGUAUCUUUAACCUAAGACACUUCCUGGAUGCCUUGACUAUGAAGCAGAGAAGGGUCCCAGAGCCAUGUAGCUAAUGUUAUCUUCCCAAGAUUACUUAACCCUCACCUAGUGCUUUCUACCCAAACCUUCUAGAGGUUUGGUUCUGCCUGGCAUAAGGAGGAGGAAAGAAAUUUUCUUGGAGGUUGUAUGGAUGUUUUGUAUGGUCCUGCAAAGCUUGUUGGGAAUGGUUUUCUUGUGGUUUAAGAAUUGGAGGAUAUGGACAAAGAAUAGUAAGAGUCCCCUAUCUAGGUGGCUCUGCUCUCUACCUGUGUUUAAUGCUUAUUUCCUUCUAAGAUACCAUUCCUCUCUACUGGCCUGACCCCUACCCCCAUCCCCAAAUGCACUGCUAUGUAUGCAGAUUUUAUGUGUGCUUAUAAUUUUCAUGUGUUAUUGCUGGUGUUUGAGGGGUAUUUUUGCCCCAGGCUGUCUGUCUUCCUGUUCUGGGACCCAAGCCUGGUUUAGAUGUCAGGGUGUAGGAAGAGCUCCAGCUUGAUGAUGUUUUAGCAGUUCUCUUAUGGAGCCCAGCAGUGGUCAGUCAGUAGUCAGUAGAUCGGGCCAUCAUGCUCAGAGUGAUGCCAAAAAGAGGUCCACCCCUCUUAUUUGCCCUUUAAUAGAUCCUUGUAACAUGGUCACUCCUGCUGGACCUAAUAUGUCAGGUAGCCAUGGCUAGUUCUUGGUGAACAGAUGACCCCUGCACUAGCCUCUCAUUGCUCACUCUCUACAUAGUAGCCAGGGCGGAUACACCAUCCCCCAUUUUUUUUUUUCUUCUUGAGACAGGGUUUCUCUAUAACUUUAUUUAUAGGCCGUGGUAGGCUGGAGAUCCACCUGUCUGCCUCCUGAGUGCUGGGCUGAAAGUCAUGUUACCACACCCAGCUUACAGGUCCUUUUUAACUCCUAAAACUGCCACCUCUGCUUUCCACCUGUCAAGUCUCCUUCCUUGCACAGUAGAACAUAAGACCAGCCCGGGCCGUUACUUCUCUCCAUCUGCAAUGAAGAAUGGGAUGGAAGUGUCCCUUUGGGACACUUGAUCCAUUGGUCGCCCUGGCUACCACAAACCCUAGAAUGCAAGCUCUACUCCUGAAACACAGAGUAUAGGUAGGGGCUCUUGACAGUAAAUUCCUUCACCUCCCAAGAUCCUCCUGCCUUUGUACUGGUGAAGGAUCUGCCCCAGAUGCUGACACGUAGACCCUACAUCUGGUAAAAGUCAAACGGUUAGAUGAGGAGAGCAGCGUACGGUGCCGUUGAGAGACUGUGCUGAAGUAGCCAACAUGUCUCUUUACCCAGUUGUGUGCUUUCAGCAAUGCCUUACUUAGCUGAAGGCAUUUAGAUCUUGGGACUGAAGCCUGGUUAAGAUCCCAGGCUCAGCUUAGUCCACUGCUAGCUGCCCUUCUUGUGUUUCAGAUAGACUUUCCCACAACAUUACUAAGCAUGGGUGCUUGUAGAAUCCUGGUAACUGAGCAUGUAAUACCAGGUGGUUGGCUUCUUAAGCUGGUUCCCCUCAGGCAGUGAAUGCUGUGAGGCACAUAUUAGUCUGUGCUGUCUAAAAGGAGUUGACACUGCCUUGAGGGCCAGAGACUACAGCCCUUGUCACCCAUUAGCAAGCAAGGCAUCAAAUGGACUGGUGCUUUACAAUAAGGAAGCUGACAGGAUUCCAGAAGAUUCCACUGCUUCUUUAACAGCCAGCCAUACCUAUUUGCUCAUCAUCGCCAUAUUAAAGGACAGAUGGUGGCAUUUGUAGCAGAGGAUCAGUGGAUGUGACUCCUCCCGGCCUAAUCAAAUAUCCAUACGUGAAACCUGGAAACUGCCAACGGUUGGAGUUUAAAAAACAACACAGCAAAGAAACCUCCUAGGUUCUACAUCUUCCUUCUCUUCCUUUCCAUCAGUUUUGAUGGUUCAUGUUCACUUGGGCUUCCCUUCCUCAUUGGAACUUAGUGUGACAGACAUGCGGUCGGUCUUUGAGAACAUUUUUUGCUAAUACUAAUGUUUCUUAGACAUGCUGACUCAUCUUUUCAAAAAAUUGGGAACCUGUAUCUCCGGUGCUUGGCAUGGAUUGUGUCCUAGAGAAGAUGCUCAGGCGAGCUGAAGUCCAUGUAUCCUGUCGGGCAUAGAACUUGCUCAGGGAGGGGGACUUUAGAGACAUUUCAUCUGUUGGUCAGCCUUUUUUCCUACCUUCUUCUUUUUCAUUCCUUGCGAUGGCCUCUGCUAGGGAGGUGUCAUUCAGUUUAAUAGCUUUUUUGUUGUUUUGUUUUUUUGUUUUUUUGUUUUUUUGUUUUUUCGAGUCAGGGUUUCUCUGUGUAGCCCUGGCUGUCCUGGAACUCACUCUGCAGACCAGGCUGGCCUCGAACUCAGAAAUCCGCCUGUCUCUUUAAUAGCAUUUUUAACCAGACCACAUUAUUAGAAAUGGUCAAAACAAGUUUAAAAGGAAAUUGUUUUGUGUACUUUUAAAACAAAUCUCCCAGAUGCAUUCAUGAGGAAAUACUGUAUUUUGUCUUAAUUUAAAAUAAAUAAAUAAAUAAAUAAAUAAAUAGAUAGAUAAAUAAAUAAAAGACUUUAAAAAUGAAAAGAAACCCACAGUGUACCUUUCCCAGAGGCUAGCCUGAUGAGGUCAGUCCAGUUUUGGAAGCACUGCACCAGCCAGACUCUUACUAGUUAGAUCACUGGCUGGAGGGUGCACCCAGCAGGCAGAACUCAGUGCUGUUUGCUUUGAUAAUCGUUAAGCCAUAUCAUCUGAGGUUUCCAGCUUGAGAUGUGAAUUUGUUUUAUAGACUAUAAAUAUACAGUGUAUGUAUAAAGCAGAAUGCCUGUCCUUCUGAUUAUUUUUUGUACCAUAUUGUAAAUUACAUUAUUUAUUCUUUACCAAUUUUUUGGGAAUAAAAAGGUGUUUUGGUUAUUUAAUAAACAAAAACUGUUAAACUUCGGCUAAAAUUUCCAGUUCGGCUUGUAAAUGUUUUUAUUGUGCAUAAAUACAUACUAAUACUUCAUCUAA